AUGCCGUCCUUCACCCCUAUUCCAGAGUCCCAUCAAAAGGUCUGGGCAAAGAUGCAAGUGCAAGAGCCUGAGAUCAAAGCAGACUUUGGGUCGGCGGGGCAGACAGAACAGUUUCACGUGAUGCUGCCAGCAAAGAAGAUCGCUCCUCUAGCAGAGAAUGCGGUUCCAAAAGAAGUCAUCAAGAAGCUGCAAGAGGAGCAAACCGCAGAGAUGGUUCGCAGGACAGAGCAGCUGAUGUGCGGAAACAGAUUGUUUGCCAGGCACCUUGAGUACAUCGAGGAAAUGCAGGAGCAGCAGAGACUAAUGGAACAGCAAGACGCUAUGAGAAGGAUGAAGGCCAAAAGACCAGAAGAAAGACUCGUGCUGGAAGAAAUGCAACUGUCAUGUGCGGAAAUCUACUGA